UUUUAUGAAAUGAUUAUUUAUGAUUAUGUUCGGAAGGUGGCGCUUUAUCGAGAGCUGGUCUUUCAAGUCGGGAGGUUGAUGUCUACUAACAUUUAUUAAUUAAUUUCGUCCAUUUUUUGUAGCUAAAUAUAAUUGAAUUUGUGAAAUAUAACAUUUCAAAGGAAUUAUGUCUGGAAUAUUAUACAGUACUAUAGCACGAGAUGAUGUAUUAUUGGUCAGCAGUCAAAGAAUUUCAGGAAAUUUUGAAACUAUAGUUUUAUCUAUGCUUCCUAAUAUUUCAACUCAUCGUAACACAAAAACAAGUUAUACCAGUAAUGAUUAUAUGUAUCAUGUCCUUGUUGAAGAUGGACUUGUUUAUAUCUGUGCAACAAAUGUUGAAUUUGGCAGACGUCUACCUUAUGCUUAUUUGAUAGAAAUUAAAAGAAGAUUUUCAAAUAGUAGUCUUAUUACUCGUGCAAGAUUUGCAUCAGAACAUGAACUGGAUAGAGAUUUUGCACCGCUUAUGGAAGAACAAAUGAUUCGUUUUAGUACUGGAGAAGGUGAUCAGGUGAUGCAAUUACAAUCUCAAGUUGAUGGAGUAAUGGGAAUAAUGACACAGAAUAUUGAGAAGAUAAUUGAAAGAGGAGAUAAAAUAGAUGAUCUUCUGAAUAAAACAGAAGAAUUGGGUGUUUCAUCAAUGCAGUUCCAUAGUACUUCUCGUCAAGUCCGAAGAAAGAUGUUUUGCAAAAACAUCAAAAUGUGGGUUAUAUAUGGUAUAAUUUUCUCUGUAAUACUUACGUUGAUUAUCCUUAUGGCUACAAAUGUUAUUCCUGUGAAAAACUUAUAAAUCAUCUUAGUUAGGUUUAAAAUUACUUAGUGUUAAACAUUUGAAAAAAAUUGCAUCUUUAAUGGUUUCAUAAAUAUAUCUAGAAUUAUUAUAUUUGCACAUUAGAUAUCAAAUUCCAGUUCUUAUAAGAAAAAGUAAUAUAUUAUAAACUAAAAAUUUUUCUUCAAUUUUCUUGUACAUCAUAUAGUAGAACUGGCACAGGAUUUUGAAUAUUUAGGUAAAAUUUCUACUUGAAAAUUUUAUAAUACAAUUUACUGACUAUCAUUCUUAAUUUAUAUUAAUUGCUAAUGUUAUUUCAAUUAUUUUUCAUAAAAUUUGAAGUUUUGGGACCAAGUGUGAUUAGUUUUUUAAGAGUUUAUUAGUUUUCUAAAACAUUCCUUAUUUUUUUUUUAUUGAAUUUUCCAUUCCUAAUACAUAUAUAUAUAUUGUUCAAGCACACAUUGAAUACAGUUUUACAUUCCGCUGCUUAAUUCAGUUCAACCCUCCUUAUAAAAGAAAUAACCAUGAUUAAAAUGUGCCAACAAGAUAAUUUUAUACCAAAAUAAGUGCCUCAUAAAUCAAAACAAUCAUUAAAUAGCUCAUCUGUCCCAGUUAAAUCACUAAAUCACAUCCGGCCAGUUAUGUCCAAUUGCUCAGCAGACAUUCCAUCUUCUAAAACUGUGAUUAAAGCUGUAUUCCAUAUUAAAUCAUUCCAUCUUUUACAUAGCAAAAGUAAUUUGGCAGAAUAAAUGUAAAUACCAAAAUUUGAAAAAUAAUGUUUUUUAUAUUUGAAAAUAAUUGUAAAUGCUAUUGAUUUAUAAAUCAUUAAUUAU